AUGUCACUACAGGACUACCUGGAUUCCAAAUAUGGCAAAUCCAAGUCCAAGAAAAGGGAUAAAUCACUGAAGCCGAAACCCAAGUCGUCGAUACAAAAACCCACAAAACCUGCAAAACCCGAGAAUGCCACUAUUUAUAGAGACUUAUCAGGAAACGUCCUCUCUCAUGAGGAAAUGCUAGAACAACAGAGACAGAAAUCACAGCAAGAAAAACAGAAAGCCAAAGAAGCAUCUGAAAAAUUACGCAAUAUGAAUCUCCCCGAGGUUACUCAAACGGCCACUAAAAGAGUAGCUCCGCCAAGCUAUGUAGAUGACCCGUUGCUAGCAUUUUCUCCAGAUAAAGUCAAGUCGCUGCAAAAAGACCGUUACAUCUCACAGACAGGCCGUAAACUAUACAAAUCUUCUUUCCCGGACAAUCGUUUCUCUAUAAUGCCAGGGUAUAGAUGGGACGGAAUUGAUAGGUCUAAUGGCUGGGAGCAAAAAGUUUUCAAGACGACUGCUCUAAGGCAGGAGAAGAAAGUUCUUAGUUAUACAAUGCAGGAUGAUUAUUAG